AUGGUCUCGUUCCAAACCCUCCUCCUCCUCGCGGCCACCGCCCUCUCGGCGACAGCCCUGCCCAGCACCAGCGCCAAACCCCCGGGGAACCCCCCCCACGAAGACCCCUGCGCCACGGUCCGCUGCGGCUUCAACACGGUCUGCGAAGCCGUCAAGGGCAGGGCGAGGUGCGUGCCCGGCACCAAGUGCGGGCCGACCAUGUGCGGCGCGGGCCAGGUGUGCUGCAACGCGAGCUGCGGCAUCUGCACGCCGCCUGACGGUGCUUGCAUUCAGAUCUUCUGCGACAGUGCCAGCAAGUUCUGAAUGUCGUGACGGACACGGGGUGCUGCGAGACCAGGACGAAAAACUGAUGGGCAUGGGAUGAUGGUGGGGAGCCGGCUGGUGGGCAGUGCGGGCAGUGAAGGGGCUGUGGGCACUCUAUUAAAGUUGACGUGCGAGAUUAAAAUAAAACAUGGAAUCAUCUGGCGUUAUUGUGUGGCGGCUGUGAGGCGCAUGCAUAAUACCUCUCGAGCAUGAAGGCGCGUUGUUCGUUUUAGUUUUAGCCUGUUCUGCCUCAGAUUAGGCGUCGGGUGAGGCUGGGAAAUCCUGACCAUGUGCCUAGUAAUUGAAUGAUUGAAUGAUC